UACCUGAUGGUGGGCAGAUUCAAUUGCAGAUGCAGAGGAAUGACAUUACUUGAUAUUUUCUCCAUCAUGAGCAGUCUGAAAAGUCAAUGUCUGAAAAUAUCAAGACGGGUAAACAUCCUCCUUCUUAUGACAGGGUUCCUGUGUGGGGGGAGUGAGGGGCUGGCAGUGGCAGCUGCUGGUUCCAUCACCAGUGUGACAGUGGGGGAGAGCGUCCUGUUUCCUGUCUCACCUGAGGGGGAGCACAGCUACUGCGUCAACCUGAUUUUUAGAUCCAUUCCUAUAGUUACAUGGUAUUCUGAAACAAACGACUCUUAUGUUCACAACCAAUAUAAGAACAGAAUCAGCAUCCGUGAUGCUGGCUCAGUAUGGCUGAACACAGUACGGCUGUCAGAUUCCGGCCUUUAUCAGAUUAAAAUACAGUACAUCUCAGGAGAUCUUAGGCCACCAACAUACUCAGAUUUUCACCUGCAGGUUUUUGAGCCUGUAUCUAGUCCCAGCAUCACAGUUGAGUGUCUGGGGAACAACAUCAGUCUGAGCUGCUUCAGCAGUCAGGGCAGUGAAGUGACCUACAGCUGGGAAACACUGUCCCCUUAUGGGAAUGACAGCUGUGUGCAUCUGGGCCAAAGGAUGGAAUGUUACUCCACACUUCUGUCUGAGUCCAUAACAUACAGGUGUACGGCCAAGAAUCCUGUGAGCAGAGCCUCCAGUGACCCUGUGGACCUGGCAGUGUGCCCAGUCCAAGGACCAAAAGGGUUCCUGUGUGGGGGGAGUGAGGGGCUGGCAGUGGCAGCUGCUGGUUCCAUCACCAAUGUGACAGUGGGGGAGAAUCCUGUCUCUAGUCCCAACAUCACAGUUGAGUGUAAAAGGGACAGCAUCAGUCUGAGCUGCUCCAGCAGUCAGGGCAGUGAAGUGACCUACAGCUGGGAAACACUAUCGCCUUGUAGCAAUGAGAGCUGUAUUCGUUUUGGCCAGACAAUAGAGAUGGACUCCUUCCUUCAAGCUGAGUCUGUAACAUACAGGUGUACGGCCCAAAAUCCUGUGAGCAGAGCCUCCAGUGACCCUAUGGCCCUGCAAGGGUGCUCCACCCAAGGAGCAAAAGGAAACCAGAAGGAGCAGACCUCCAGUAAUGGACCUGGACACCACGUUUGUUUUCCCAGCGAUAGUCGGGCAACGGAUCUCCCCUGCACGGCUCUCUACUCUUGCGACAAGCCCAGAAGCCUGUGGUGGAAAACGAGCUGA